AUGCUAGAUCAAGAACAGCUAGGUGACAGGAAACCGUCUCAGUUUCUUCGACGAUUGAAGGAUUUAGCUGGCGGUACAAUGACUGACGAUGCUUUAAAGGCAAUUUGGAUUGAUAGAUUGCCUGUCCAAACACAAUCUAUACUUGCUGCACAUCCUCCUGGUACAGCUGAAAAUCCAACAAAUCUUGAUAACCUUGGUCUCAUCGCAGACAGAAUCAACGACGUCAUUCCACAGCAACAAGUUGCCAGCACAUCUAGCCACCCAAAUCCUUCAUUUUUGAGUCUCUCAGAGAAAGUGGAACAACUGGCUAAGCAAGUUGAAGCCAUGUACACGAACCGAGGAGACCAAAAUCGCAGGCUGGCAAGAUCGAGAUCACGCUCUCGUGCUAGGCAAAACAGAAAUCCAACACCAACUUCGAACGAGAAGAAAAACAACAAUCAAACUCGUUUUUGCUAUUUCCAUCGUAACUGGGGAUCUAAAGCAAGAAAUUGCCGCCCACCAUGUGAUUUCAACCAGCAAGCGGGAAACGAAAACGGAUGUCAUUGA